UACCACCGGUUGAGUGGGCUAUAUAGUUCUGCUAUAUUUGUACCGUUUGUACCUGGCAAUACACCUUUAGGUUUGGGUUGAAAGUAAAGGAAAGUAAUAUCGAAAUGCGUGUGGGCAUUCCUUGUCAAGUUACUACACCUUUUUGGCAACGAGGAUAAAACUUUAUCAACUUGUACAGGGCGAGGUGCUAGCUAGCUAAGAAACAAUGGAGGUAGUCAGUUAGCUAGCUAGCUUAAUGAGCGACGGAGAGCAGGUGCCGCUGGACGGAAACGCCGACGGGGACAAUCAGCAGCAAGUGAAAAUCGCUAAUGAGGAUCAAGGACAAGUUGGCGUUAUAAUGGCAAUGUUUGGGACUAUCACUGAGUUUGUGGAAGAGAACGAGGACUGGACGGAAUAUGUGGAAAGGUUGGGACACUUUUUCUUGGCAAAUGGAAUCAUAGAUUAGGCUAAACAGCGCUCUAUUCUCUUGAGUGUGUGUGGGGCUAAAACCUACAAGCUAAUGAGGAAUUUGGCUACACCACGGAGACCGGGAGAAAUUCCUUUUGGGGAUCUAGUUGCUCUCGUUCAGACACACCACAAUCCAAAGCCGUCAGUGAUUGUCCAGAGGUUCAAGUUUAACUGCCAUUUUCGGAAAACAGGUCAGUCUGUUGCCAACUUUGUUGCUGAAUUACGUGAACUCUCUGAACAUUGUGAGUUUGGGGCUAUGUUAGAGGACAUGCUCCGUGACAGAUUAGCCUGUGGCAUUAAUGAGGACUGCAUACAGCACCGGUUGCUGGGGGAAGCCACACUGACUUUCAAGAGAGCAUUGGAACUAUCUCAAGGGAUGGAGAUGGCCGCUAGUAAUGUGAAAAAUAUUCAAAAGGCCAACAGUGAAAGUUGUGGAGUGCAUCAGGUGACAAAAGAGGUGGCAGGAAAAAGGGGAAAAGCAGUGGAAUGUUUCAGAUGUGGAGGGACACAUUAUGGUAACAACUGUAAGUUCAUGGAGACUGUCUGUCACAAUUGCAACAGAAAGGGACAUUUAGCAAAAAAAUGCAGGGGUCCUAGGAGCAAGCCAGAGGGUGGGCGGACUGGGCUGGGCAAGUUCACAGCACCAAAGCCUCAGUCAGCAGCGCACCACCUAGAGAGCACAGAGGAGGAGGAAGAGCAUUGUUCCUACAACAUGUUUAAUGUGACGGAGCCGCGCGCAGAGCCCAUCUAUGCUACAGUGGAGGUAGAUGGAAAGCAGAUGAGGAUGGAGGUUGACACGGGGGCCUCUGCCUCUGUCAUAAGUGAGGAGACCUACAAACAAAAAUGGGGCUCAAGACAGGUUUCUGCCCUCACACCGGCAGGGAUCAGACUGCGUACGUACACCGGGGAGACCAUACCAUUGCUGGGGGCUCUAGAGGUGGACAUUGCAUACAACAGCCAGGAAGCGAGAGCACGGCUCCUGGUGGUGAAAGGGAAUGGGCCUAGUUUACUAGGGCGUGACUGGCUAAACAAAAUACAACUGAGCUGGGGUGAGAUAAAACACACCCGAGUGACAGAGGAUGUCAUUCAAAAGUACCCAGAGAUUUUCAAAGAUGAACUGGGCACACUGCAGGGCACUGCAGUUAAGCUGUUUGUGGAUCCUCAAGCCGAGCCUCGCUUUUUCAAGCCCAGGACAGUGCCUUACGCCAUGAAAAAGAAAGUGGAAGAUGAGUUGGAGCGGCUGCAGGAAGCAAACGUCAUUACUCCCGUUCAGUUCUCCCGCUGGGCAGCUCCUAUCGUUCCCGUUCUGAAAAGUGACGGCACGGUGCGUAUAUGUGGGGACUACAAACUCACCAUCAACAGGGCCUCUAAGCUAGACGCUUACCCGCUGCCACGGGUGGAGGACUUGUUCGUGACACUGGCAGGAGGCCAGACGUUCUCAAAGCUUGACAUGAGUCACGCCUACCAACAGCUCCUCCUGGACGAGGACUCAAAAGAGUAUGUCACAGUGAACACGCACAAAGGCUUGUUCAGGUACAACCGCUUGGUUUUCGGAGUGGCGUCCAGCCCAGCCAUUUUCCAGAGGACAAUGGACAAUCUACUGCAGGGGAUCCCUCAUGUAGCAGUGUACCUGGAUGACAUCCUGGUUACAGGGGAGACGGAGGAGGAGCACCUCCACCAUCUGGACCAGGUGUUAAAGAGAUUCUCUGAGGCAGGGCUGCGCCUGAAGCGUAGCAAGUGCACAUUCCAAGCACAGAGUGUGACAUACCUAGGUCACAAGAUCACAGCGCAGGGUCUGUGUCCUGUGGACGACAAAGUCAGGGCAAUCAAGGAUGCUCCAAACCCCAAGAAUGGGUCAGAGCUCAGGUCGUUCCUGGGCAUGGUGAACUACUAUGGUAAGUUCCUCUCGGAGCUGUCAACAGUGUUGGCUCCACUUUAUCAGUUGCUCCACAAAGACUGUAAAUGGAAGUGGGGGCCAGCACAAGAGAAAGCUUUCAAGGAAGUGAAAGCACUACUACAAUCAGCACAACUUCUGGUUCAUUUUGACCAAGACAAAGAGAUCAUCCUGUCAUGUGACGCCUCACCCUAUGGCGUCGGGGCAGUACUCUCUCAUCAGAUGGAGGACGGGUCAGAGAGACCCAUUGGAUUCGCAUCACGUACGCUGACGAGUGCUGAGAAGGGUUAUUCACAGUUAGACAAGGAAGGUCUGGCCAUAGUCUUUGCUGUGAAACGCUUCCAUCAGUACUUCUACGGUCGUCAUUUCACCAUAUGCACUGACCACAAACCACUGAUGAGCCUUUUUAGUGAAUCAAGAUGCAUUCCGCCCAUGGCUUCAGCAAGGUUACAGCGCUGGGCCCUGACACUGUCAACUUACCAGUACACGAUAGUGUAUAGAGCGGGGAAGGACAAUGCAAAUGCAGACGCGCUCAGCCGUCUCCCGCUACCAGAGAUGCCUGCCACAACUGUGGUGCCUCCCGAGACAAUUUUCCUAAUGGAGAGAUUGUCAAACUCACCUGUGAAUGCCAAACAGAUCAAACAGUGGACAGACCGGGAUCCUAUCCUGUCCCAAGUGAAAAGAUUCCUGAUGCAGGGUUGGCCUCCUGUCAUAGAGGAUGAUGGACUAAGACCUUAUGCAAAGCGCAAAACUGAGCUGAGUGUGCAGGACGGCUGCAUACUCUGGGGGUCCAGAGUGGUUGUUCCAACCCCUGGCCGUGCUCAAGUCAUGGAUGAGGUCCAUGAGGCUCACCCGGGUGCCUCCCUGAUGAAAAGUUUAGCCAGAUCUUACAUCUGGGGGCCUAACAUGGAUCAGGAGGUAGAAGACAAAGUUUAAUCAUGUUCAGAGUGCCAGAUCAACCAGAAGAUGGCGCCACCCGCGCCACUACAUCUGUGGGAGUGGCCUGACCGCCCAUGGUCCAGGCUGCAUAUAGAUUUUACAGGCCCAUUCAUGGGUCACAUGUUCCUUGUCAUGGUGGACGCACACUCCAAGUGGCUGGAGGCGCACAUCAUGAGCAACAUCACAGCGACCACAACCAUCGAAAAGCUUCGGCAGGUGUUUUCAACCCAUGGUCUGCCGGACUCUCUGGUGUCCGACAACGCAACAACGUUUACCUGUGACUUGUUCCAAGAAUUCAUGCGGAGAAACGGGAUCCGCCAUGUCCGCAGCGCCCCGUUUCACCUGGCCUCAUACGGCUUAGCGGAGCGGGCUGUGCAGACACUGAAAGAGGGGCUCAAAAGGAUGACUGGGGGAACCAUCACAACUAAGCUCUCUCGGUUCUUGUUCCAGUACCGCAUCACGCCACAAACAACAACAGGACAGGCUCCAGCGGUGAUGUUAAUGGGCAGAAAGACAAAAGCUCACCUGGAUCUACUGCAUCCGAACAUCAGAGCACGAGUGGAACGGAAGCAGGAGAUACAAAAAGAGAGACAUGACCACCACGCAAGGGAGAGACAGUUAAAACCCAAUGACACUGUCUACAUCCGCAACUUCACAAGCAGCCAACGCUGGUUGCCAGGUAUCAUUCUGAGUCAGAGUGGUCCCGUCUCCUUUGUGGUCAAACUGACUGAUGGGCGAGUCAUGCGCAGACACCAGGACCAUCUCCGCCUUCGCUAUGACAAAGACAAGACCAUGUUUUCAGACGGAACAGCUGUGGGUGGUAGUAUACAAGUUGAAAUCCCACAGGAAACAGCAUCUGAGGAACAGGGGCAUUAAGUGGUUCCAGCAGAGGGUGAUGGACAUUCUCUCACAAACACCCAACCCGCUCCUGUGCCCUCAGACCCAGCUCCACUGGGACACGCCUUACCUGUGUCUCGUAGCACACCAGGAGUACUGCGCAGAUCACAGUGUAGUCACAAGCCUCCUGAAAGACUAACUCUGUAGUUGAGACUGAGAGACUCAUGGUGUAAGUGUUUGGAGCAGCAGACCUAGUUGAAAAGAAAUAAGGCCUGUCAUUUUAUUGUUGUUGUUUUGUUUACAUUUACGGUAACACCAGCAGAAGUUCUACAGUGUGGUGUAGUAAAGAAAAGAAAAUACUGAUGUGGUUUACUUGUUAACCUUAUGUUUUCCUUACAGGGGGGAUUUAAAUUGAGGGGGGAGAAGUGUUAUAGUGUGGAGACAAUAUAAAUAAUGACAUGGUUAUUAUUGGUAUUGACCGUGACCUUUCCCUUUUGAUGAUGUCAUCACUAAGAGUGAGUUCUGUGCAAUGUGAUUCAACCACCGGUUGAGUGGGCUAUAUAGUUCUGCUAUAUUUGUACCGUUUGUACCUGGCAAUACACCUUAGGUUUGGGUUGAAAGUAAAGGAAAGUAAUAUCGAAAUGCGUGUGGGCAUUCCUUGUCAAGUUACUACAGUCACUUACAACCUCAUGCUAAUCGCAUUAGCAUACGUUAGCUCAACCGUCCUGUGGACGGGACACAGAUCCUGAAGAAGUUGUUUAAAGCAGCAAUCAGCAGUAGAAACAAUAACAAGCGUACUCUCUGCCCGUU